CGCUGGCGCUGCCCCUGCGCCCGGGAAGGGGGGGCCGCGGGGCCGCUGGGAAGGGCCGGUCCCAGCCCCGCCGUAGAUGUGUCCGGGCCCCAAGGAGCAGGUAAGGGCAGCCCGGCUGGCGCUGGGGCCGGGCGCUGCUCCGGAGCCGCUUUCCAGAGGGCGGCACGGCACCGGGAGCGGCGCCAUGCGCCGGUCCGGCGGCCGGAGGAGAAUUCCUGCUCCAGGGCCCGGGCCGAGAGCCGGGGGCUUCCCUCCCGCUGCGGCGGGCCGCGCUUGGCCAGUGCCCGGCUGUGCUGAGUGCCCGUAGUCACACCACGGCACCUCUGCCCCUGAAACAGCGAUUCUCCUCGCACCUGGUCCUGAUGUUUCUCACCAGCAAAUCUCUCACUUGAGUUCUCAGGCAGUACCAGAUUAUCAGGAGUGAAGCUCCCCAGCGCUCCCCAGCAAUGGCAGGGAAAAAAGUCCUGAUAGUCUAUGCACAUCAAGAGCCCAAGUCCUUCAAUGGAUCUUUGCUGAAGAUUGCUGUGGAAGAGCUGACCAAGCAGGGCUGCAGCGUCACCGUGUCGGAUUUAUACGCCAUGCAGUUUGAGCCCAGAGCAACAAGGAAUGACAUUGUUGGUCACCUGCACAACUCAGAAGCGUUCAAUUAUGGGGUGGAAACCUGGGAAGCUUACAAGAGAGGAAGUUUGUCCAAAGACCUGGUUGAAGAGCAGAAGAAAGUGCAGGAAGCAGACCUGCUGAUUUUUCAGUUUCCCUUGUUUUGGUUCAACAUGCCUGCAAUCCUGAAGGGCUGGAUGGACAGAGUCUUGGUCCAAGGCUUUGCUUACGAUUUGUCAAAGGUUUAUGAUGGUGGUUUGCUCCAGGACAAAUUGUCCCUCUUUUCUUUCACCACGGGAGGAAGCCAAGAGAUGUUUUCAAAAGAAGGUGUCGGUGGUGAUAUUCGCUAUGUCCUGUGGCCCAUGCAGCAUGGAAUCAUGCACUUCUGUGGUGUCAAAGUCCUUGAACCUCACAUCUGUUAUGCUCCAGAGAAUGUCUCUGAGGAGAAGAGGAAGGAGAUGCUGGCUGCCUGGACCCAGCGUCUGAAGUCUCUUUGGAAGGAAGAACCCAUAGACUGCUCUCCUGAGUGGUAUUUCAAGUAGUGUUCAGGUGCAAGACGACAGAGUGAAGAUUUUCUCCAUUCUUUUUGAUGCUCUAUCUAAAUACCUGAACACUAAUCUCCUGAUUCAAAUAUAUUUUAAGAAUCUUGAAUACUACAUCUAUCAGUUUAACUGACAACAUGGCAUUUAUCUUUAGUGAUUCCCAAGGGAUUCCCUUCAAGGAUGGGCACAAAACUCUUUGUGUUCUUCUCCUUGCUCACAGAAACGGUGUCAUCCUGCCUCCUUAUGCUUGAUAACACAUGUGAUAUUUCAUGGCAGAUUAUACCAUUGCUGCUUGUGAAACAGUAUGUGGCCAAGUUUAUUUGAACCCUUUUUGUACCCGUUGCCACUUUUUUUUCCCUUUGCCGGGGAAUAUGGACACAUACUCAACCUUUAAAAGCCCAAGAUGGAUUGUGAUAGCUCUACACUUGUGCCUUGGAGCAACAAAACCAGAUCAUGAGUAGUGUUGCAAAAGGAUGUACCGUUGCAAAGUGUCUUAAACAGCUGGAAAGCCUUGUGGGCAGCCCUAGGCUUCUCCAGAUCCAAUCUAGGCUUCUCCAGAUCCUAUCUCUACAGCAAUAUUAAAGCUAUGACAAAUACCAGAAAAGGGAAAAAUUAAAGGUGAAUGUAGUGAUAUGUGCAUGAAUUGCCUUCCUUUGUAGACUACAGCUCCCAUUUGUAAAGUAUGCAUCUUCCUAAAGUAGAGAGAAAAAGUAAUCCUGUCUGUUGCCUGCCCCCUCACACCAGUCAGUGUUGGUGUUUGGGUCAGAGGGUGUUUGCUUCCCCUCCAGCAUCAGCAUUGAUGGGCAUCCUUGGAGAUGUCUAGCACCAGCAGUUAGUGAGGCAGAGCACUAACCUGAAAACCUGCUGGGGCACUGUCUGUCUAUGAGUCAGGGUCUAUGGGACAAAUGAAUUUUCUGGCUCUUAAUAGGCAGGAUUUUUACCUGGAACUGUAGCAGGAUUAUUUUUGUGCUUUAGAGUUGUUAACCCUGUUUGUGCAUAUGGCAAGGGGUGGAUUUCUCAUUUAGAUACCGAAUUUCUUGCUUUGACCAGCUCACCUAACUGCUGCCUUUGCACUUUGACAUUAAAAGAAUGUGGCCUCUAUAAGAACCUGUCCCCUGAGUCACUAUCAAAUGACACCUAGGCCUCUGUGCAUCUGCCUACCUGCUUUGUGGCAGUCUUGUCACACCCCAGCCUUGCGGUUCCUUGGGGACUAAUUGGAUAAUAAACAUGCUGAGCCCAGGCUCUGGAGGCUCAGUGUAAGCUGAUACGCCAGACUGGGAAAUGCCACCACAGGGGAAGGGUCAGUGUUCCAGUUUGCUCCCAUAUGAAGUGAAGGGCCACAUCCAGCAGAGACAUUUCCCAGGAAGAAGAGCUGCCCCAAGCUGUUGCAGAUGUCUGCUGUGGGUCAUGUGAGCCCAAGUCUUUAGGCUGCAAAAGCAGGAAAUUUGCUUUGGCUCAACAGCUCUAUUAUAGGAAAAGGAAAGUGAAAGGGAAUAAGGAAGAUAGUGUUACACAUCUAAGAGGUGGGGAAAGCAGAUUCAUGCCUUAAAGACUUAAGGAGAAAAAGUUACCGAGAGAAAUCGGAGGUAAAUUUCAAAAUUGCAUAGAAGAGAUCUAUUCACUGUGUUCGAUUAGCAGACUAUUCAGGAAAGAAGAAAACUGAGGUGAAAGCAGAAGUUGCAACUGUCAAACCAACAUUACUGCUUUGGAACAACUGCAGAGCUUAGUGGGGUUAACUAUGAGAUGAAGAAUGCCAGACUGACCUGUAUGUUGAGGAUACUGUGCUUACCACUAUCUGGCAGACACAUGCCAGCUCCCACACAUAUGGUAGCACUAAGUUUUAAUAAGAUGGCUGAGACUUUUAGUACAAAGUGUGUGAAUGGUUGAGAUUAAUGCAAGUUCAGUUACAGUUAAAACGAAUAGCCUUAUUCUCAUUAAUGCUAAAAUUGAAGAUUUCUGCUCAAAUAAAUUCAUUAUUGAGAAAAGCACUAAAAA